UGGGAGGGUCUAUAGUUGCAAGAUGCACGAUCUGAUUAGGGAUAUGACCAUUAAGAUCUCUAAAGAUGAGGGAUUUUUCAAUUUUGAUGAACAAGGCAAACAGGAACCGACAGAUUCUGAUCGAUGGUUGGGUUUCAUGAGUGAUAUGGAUCCAAACCUAUUGAAAGAGACUUCAAAUUUGAGGGCAUUGUUAAUGAUGUCUAAUAAUCGAAUUUCCUUUGGUAGGGAUGUGAAGUUGCCCAAGUCGCUACAGGUGUUGGAUCUUUCUAACAAUAAGCUAGAUGAAAAUCAAGUGGAAGACCUCUGGAAGUGGAUUUGUUCCCUUAAACGCCUAGCAUGUCACAACUUGAGCGGAGCAACCCUAAAGGAUGUGCCACGUUUUAUUCGAAAGCUUCGGAACCUCCAAAUUUUGAUUAUGAGGAAUUGCAGUAAUUUAAGUGAACUACAUCCAUCAAUUACAAAUUUAAAGAAGUUGAUUGUCUUGGAUGUAGGAUCAUAUAAACUGCAAUACAUCCCAAAUGGACUAGGGAAGCUAAUCCAUCUCCAAGAACUAUCUGGAUUUAGAGUGUUUGGAAAGGCUAACAAACUAAGCUGUCGCUUUCUUGAGCUGCAGAACCUGAAGCAGCUAAGGGUUCUUCGAAUGAAUAUAAAUGCUGAGACUGAAAUCUCAGAAGAUGAACUGAACGUGCUAUCAAAGCUCGAGAAACUAACAGUCUUAGCCAUUGAUGCAGAAAAUUGUACAGAAGAAAGUGUAUCUAAGAUGCUUGAUCUGAUUUCCCCUCCUCCAAAACUUGAGGAGCUUUAUCUUAAGCGCUACAGUCAUGAAAUUCUCCCCAAAUGGAUCAAUCCUGAUCAACUUUCGAGUUUGCAAUAUCUUUGUCUUGAGGAUGGGAACGUCGUCCGUCUCCGAAAGAAUCCUACGCAUGAAAGCGAGGAUCGCAGCGGCUCCACAUGGGCCCUCAAGGGUCUACAUUUAAGUGUCAUGAAAAGCUUAGACCUGGACUGGCAGAAUGUGGAGAGAGAUAUGCCUUUACUACGUUAUGCUUUUGUCAGCCAAUGUUACAAUUUGAAAAACUUGCCCAGUUCAUCUCAACAAUCAUUCCCAGUUCGUCUAAAAAUCAUUGAAUGAUUCGGAGGAAGAAUCAAGACUGAGAAACCAGUGACGGAAAGUUCUACAGACAUUUUUGCUUGGCUUGUUAAACACUCUCAAUUUGUAUGGCCAACAUUGGAUGACUUGGAGGAAGAAUCAAGACUGAGAAACCACUGGUGGAAGAGUUCUACAGACAUCGUUAAUUGAAGAAAGUUCUCGCUCUAUUUCCGACUUAUAU